AAUGGAAAUUAGUAGUCAUAGAAUUAAUAUUAGUUUAAAUGAUUUAAUUGAAAAUAUAAAACAAGCAAAGAUUCAAUUUCUUGGAGAAUAUUUGACGGUGUUUCUGAAGAAGUUAUGAAUUUGAUAAGUGGGUGAUUAGAAAAGGAUUGGAAUAUAAGACUUCAUCCAGAUAAAGCCUUGAAGCAUAUAUGAUUUAGUGAAGAUUAGAAAUUAUUAGAAAGUCAAAGAAGUAUAUUAAGAAGAUUAAAUGAUAUAAAAAAUGAUUCAAGAUUAAUUAUUAAAUAGAGACAUAAUAAAAGAUAGUAAUAAAUACUUGUAGGUUCAUAAUAAAUAAUAAUAAAUAGUAGAUUGUAGGAAACAUAAUAAUAAUGAACAG